AUGUCUGGAGCUGAACGGAAGCUGCGCCACUUGAAAACGAGACGUCGUGGUAUCCUGUCGUCGUUCACUCUCAUCAAUAACUUCGUCUCUUCGUACCAGGAGGAAAGAGACAGAGCAGAAGUUCCCGUACGCCUGGAAGCGGUCGUGUCGCAAUGGACGGAGUUCAACAAGAUACAAGUGGAAUUAGAAACUUGUGAUGAAGCUCCUGAAGCGAUAGACCAGUAUUUUAAAGAAAAGGCCGAGUUUGAGACGCAGUAUUAUAAAGUGAAGGGUUUUCUUCUGCAACACUGCCAAAUCCCUGCUACGAAUGCGCCUUCUUCCGCCCCCCACACGCGAAGUCAUAAUUCGAGCAACGUUAAACUGCCUGACGUUAAGCUACCGGUGUUUGCCGGCAACUAUGAGAGUUGGCUCAACUUUCACGACUUGUUCGUAUCGCUUGUUCACUCGUCGUCGGAGCUUUCAAGUAUCCAAAAAUUUUAUUAUCUCCGGUCGUCUUUAGCUGGGGAAGCACUGAAGCUGAUCCAGACGAUACCGAUUAGUGGUAUUAAUUAUCCAGUGGCUUGGAAUUUGUUGGUCGAGCACUCCCAAGACCAGAAGGUUCUUAAGCGCAAUUAUGUUCAGGCAUUGUUUGACUUUCCGGUCCUUCGUCGAGAGUCUUCUACUGAACUGCAUUCGUUGGUUGAAAAGUUCGAAGCAAAUGUUAGGGUGCUCAAGCAACUUGGAGAAAGCACCGAACAUUGGGACAUAUUGCUGAUCCAUUUCCUCACGAGUCGUCUCGAUCCUGACCUCAUCGAUUUCAUCCAGCGGAGAGUCAACGUAUUGCAGCACGUGUCUUCCAAGCAAAGCGAUAUUCAACAACUUUCGCAAUUUCGCAAAACGACGAAUAAUCGUGUUAGUAGCCACGGAGCAUUUCAGGAGAAUCGUCGAAAGUGUCUCGUCUGUCCGGAAGAACAUCCCAUCUACCAGUGUAGCAUCUUUAGUCGUAUGCCUGUAGAGGAGAACGAGAAGCUCGUCAAGCGUCACCAACUGUGCCUGAACUGUCUUCGAAAAGGCCACAUGGCACGUGAUUGUCCGUCGGAGAACUGCUGCUGGAAGUGCAGAUCUCGCCAUCACACUCAACUGUGCACAAAUACAUCGAAUGCUAGAAGACCAUCAAACGCUGUAGCAGGUUCAAAAAAUAACAACCGAAAUUCGAACCAUUCCACCACCAGUACAACCCUUCAAGAUCAACAACCCCCAUCCUCAUCGAUGCAAGCGCCAGCACCUGUUUUGAAUGCUGCACACUCCGGUUUGAGCAGCUGUAACUCACAACUGUCCGCGAGAUCCAAGGUUCUUCUAGCCACUGCUGUGGUGAUUGUAGUAGACGACGCUGGAAGAGAACAUAUCGCCCGAGCACUUUUGGAUUCGGGGAGCGAAUGCUGUUUCGCCACCACACAGUUGUCUCAGACGAUGGCUGUUACUCGAACGAGAAUCGAUCUGCCGAUAGCCGGAAUCGGAAAAUCUUUGACCAAUGUGAAGCACCAAUUUCGUGCCGUCAUCAAAUCCCGAACUCGCAACUAUUCCUCUUGUGUCGAUUUGCUUAUUCUGCCGAAGCUCACUAUCGAUUUGCCAUCGGUCGAUGUAAACAUCGAUCAUUGGAACAUUCCCACCAACAUUGAUCUAGCCGAUCCAGCGUUCUUCAAAUCGAGCAGUAUCGACAUUAUAUUGGGCGCAGAGAUAUUUUUUGACCUGUUCUCCAUCCCAGGUCGCAUUUCCCUUGGAGAUUUUCUUCCUUCACUCACCAAUUCCGUCUUAGGAUGGGUAGUGUCAGGCCGAACUGCCCAAAGUCAACGCCAAUCUUCUGUUCGCUGCAACGUUGCAACCAUAGCCGAUCUUCACAAUGAUAUGGAGAAAUUUUGGAACAUAGAGGAAGAUCCAUCCGCCAACAACCAUUCCCCGGACGAAACUGCCUGCGAAGAGUUCUUCCAGCGCACUGUCGCACGCGAUUCAUCGGGUCGAUACAUGGUUCGACUACCAUUCAAGGAAUCUCUAAUGCAGCGAUUGGGAGACAACAAGGAAUCGGCUCUGCAUCGCUUUCGCCUGCUGGAAAAUCGACUGUCACGUGAUUCUACGAUCGUUCAGAAGUAUCGAGACUUAAUGGCCGAGUAUCUGGGGCUGGGUCAUAUGACGCCACUCAGCGACUUCGGAGAUGAGAUUCAUCCGAAGUAUUACCUUCCACAUCACCCCGUUAUACGAGAGAGCAGCAGAACAACUAAGCUGCGCGUCGUUUUCGAUGCGUCCAGUAAAACGAGUUCGGGAAUCUCACUGAACGAUGCCCUGAUCGUCGGUCCGACUGUGCAGGACGAUCUGCGCUCUAUCAUCAUGCGUUCCCGCACACAUGAAAUCGUUCUCAUAGCGGACGCCGAAAAAAUGUAUCGCCAAGUUCUACACUUCCCCGAAGACUAUGCGUACCUGUGCAUAUUCUGGCGAUUUUCUCGGGACGAACCACUUCAAACAUACGUUCUCCGAACCGUCACGUAUGGGACAGCAUCGGCUCCUUAUCUGGCUACUCGGGUCUUGAAGCAGUUAGCAAGCGACGAAGCGAGAAAUUUCCCAGUAGCAGUGAAGGUAGUUGAAAGGGAUUUUUACGUGGACGAUUUAUUUUCGGGAGCUGCUACCGUGACAGAGACAAUCAAGCUACGGGAACAAAUCGAAGGCAUGCUUUCCAGUGGAGGCUUCCAGCUGAGAAAGUGGGCAUCUAAUUUUGAGGCCGUUCUUAAGGGUAUUCCGCCUGAGAACCGCGCUCUUCAACACUCAAUCGAUCUUGAUCGUGACCAAAUAAUCAAAACGCUCGGUUUGCACUGGGAACCAGCAUCCGAUCGUUUUAAAUAUAAAAUUGAGCUUCUUCUGUCAUCAAACGUCGUGCUCACGAAGCGUCAAACGCUGUCGUAUAUCGCUCAGCUCUUCGAUCCAUUGGGACUCGUCGGUCCAGUCGUCGUAACGGCCAAAGCGUUCAUGCAAACACUCUGGACGCUUCGGGACGAGAGCGGAACGAUUUGGGAAUGGGAUCGAGAGCUUCCAUCCAGUCUACGGGGUCAAUGGAUCAACUACCACUCAAAUCUACCUGCGUUGAAUGAAUUGAGUAUCGAUCGUUAUGUUCUUCUCCCAAACUCGGUCGAGAUUGAGCUGCAUCUGUUCUCGGAUGCUUCGGACAUCGGAUACGGUGCGUGUGCCUACUUGAGGUCCGUCAGUAACAGUGGACAAAUCAAAAUCACACUUCUGACGUCAAAGUCCAGAAUUGCUCCUCUGAAGAAACAGAGCACACCUAGACUCGAACUGUGUGGCGCUCUACUCUCUGCUGAGUUGUACCAGCGAAUCGCCGCUUCUCUUCAGAUUACGUUUUCUACUGUUUUCUGGACUGACUCCACGACAGUCAUCAAUUGGCUCAAAGCAACUCCGUCUACUUGGACAACGUUUGUCGCAAACAGGGUGUCUAAGAUUCAGCACGCGACGCAGCACUGUUCUUGGAACCAUAUAGCCGGACUGGAGAACCCAGCUGACGUCAUCUCUCGUGGUUGCAUGGCUUCAGAUCUCAUCUUCAACAAACUCUGGUGGAAGGGUCCAGGAUGGCUGCAGCAGGAAAAAGAGCACUGGCCUGUUAACGGACAACACUGCGGACCUACCGAUCAAAGCAAUGCGGAAUGA